AUGCGUUAUCCCUGUAUUGGUUUUCCAUCAUGUUUGAAAACAUUUGAAAAUGGUUAUGUUCUAAGAAAUCAUCAGACAUCGUGUGAACAUGCACAAAGAGAAAUCAAUAAUCGAAAUAGUCGACAAGAACAUGCACGAACAGUUAAAUAUGAUUAUAAUAUUAAUGGAAUGAAAGUGAAUCGAUUUUAUCCAACUGAUUCAGGUUUAGACCGAACGAUCAAAUUAUAUUUUCGAAAUUUCUCUCAACUUGGUGCAUCGACAAAACAAGAACCAUAUCGACCUGUUCGACAAUUACCAGAUCCUUUUGUUGUUAGACAUCAAAAUGUUUCAACAGCAUUGGAUUUUAGUGGCUAUUAUACAUAA